CAUUCUGACAAAUGGGAAUUCAUUUCUUUGUACAUUUAAAGGCAACAAAAUGACAAAUCCUGCCCGGAUAAUGUGAAAAUGUGCUUCAAAAAGACAUACAGGUGUAAAUCUGACCGGCAUUUAGAAUGUAGGUCACGGUUUUAAUUUUAGACCAGGAGCACCUGUCCUUGUUAGUACCACCAUGGUUGUAGUAAAGUCUCACCGGGGUUUGAAAAUAAAUGCUGACAGCAGAAAUUACAGAAAUGGAUAGUUCCAGAGCAGUAUUUUGAAAACUAGUUACGAAUGAGCAGCAUGCAGGGAAAUAAUGCCAUUCCUCCUGCUACUGGCUCUGUAAAAGACCUAGAGAGGGUUUUGUAUGGAGGUAAAAGGUUUGGUAAUCACGUGGAUGAAGUUUGGCCUAACCUGUUCAUUGGAGAUAUGUCAGUGGCCAAUGAUCGCUACAGUCUAUGGAAGCUGGGAAUCACUCAUGUUCUGAAUGCAGCUCAUGGGAGGAUGCACUGUCAGGGGAGUCAUGACUUCUAUGGAUCCACGGUGGAUUAUUAUGGAGUGCCUGCAGAUGACUCACCGUCUUUUGACCUCUCUCGCUAUUUCCUUCCCUCUGCUGAGUAUAUUAAGACUGCACUUGACACGACCGGUGCUCGGGUUUUCGUUCACUGUGCAGUCGGUGUGAGCAGGUCUGCCUCCCUCGUCCUGGCCUACCUAAUGAUCCACCAUCAUUACACCCUUCUAGAGGCGAUCAAUAAGGUCAAAGAGCGCAGGUGGAUUUUUCCAAACAGAGGAUUCCUCAAGCAGCUUUGUGCUUUGGAUAGAAAACUGCACAAGACCUCGUGAGUGCACUUCAAAAAUGAAUUGAUAUUCCAAUUUGCGGAACCUCACACACCAGUUUUCCUCGAGACAAAUGAUGGAUUCUGCCAGUGGAGGGAGAUGCUGUUCUUCCGCUUAAAUUACUUUGUUUCGGGGAUGGUAUUGAGUCAGAUACAUUUCCCCUGACUCUGGUGCUGUGUUUAAUGUGAAUCAUGCUGCCUUUUUGCAAGAUAUUGACCCUCAUGUUAAUGGAACAUCGAUGUAAUCAACUCACCUUAAGGCAAAAUCAAUUUUAAAGACUGAAUACGAGGCAAAAUUGCUUCUUUAACCCUUGUAUAAUGCUGCAGAAAAAUCAUUCUAUUAUUUUGCGAGUCAAAUUAUUCUGCAAGGAGAAUUAAUUUUGAAACAGUUCUAGAUUUUGGUGACAUUUUCUUGGAUGAUAAUAAAUGUUAUACUCAACAUUUGAAAUAUUAAAUUCAUAUAUGACAUAUAAUAUUUGUGUUAGGCCAGUUAGGUUAGGUUAAUUAUCUGCUUUAAAAAUCUAUUAGAAUGUAAACAAUAAUAUGUUGCUUUGAGGACAUUAAUGUACACAGCAUUAUUACUGUUCUUCAUUACUGUAGACCACCUUAAUUUUCCCUUUUUGUUGUUUUUUUUUUAAACCAUAAGGUUUACAGUUAUGGUUUGGGGUAAAAUGUCUCAAUAUUUAUUGGACAGAUUGCCAGUCACCUCAGGAAUUUUGCUGAUCCCUCAACUUUUCAUGUAGUCUAAAUUUUAAUUCAUCUACAAGUUUCCUUCAUGACCAAAUACCUGCAAAACUAACUACAUGCUCGGCAUCUACAAAAUUAAGCCAAUGAUCAAGUGCCAAAAACUGCAAUUCCUCAACUGACCCCUUAGGCUGGCUCUUAUAGCGAGUCAGUCUCCAUAGACCCCCAUGUUAAAUUACCCAACUUUACAGCAGAAAUAAGUAUCUUUAUAGCCUGGUACAAAAGACAGUUUUGGUCUCUAUAGGGAGUUUCCCUAUUUGUGACAUCUAUACAGGAAGUGAAUUUUAACAAAACUUUAAAUUGUAUUAAGGCUUAAAGUCACCUAAUUUGCUCACUUUUGAAUCAUCUGGUGGAGUCAUGCAGUGUCAAAAUAGCAACAGAGAGAGCCACCGCGCUCACUUUGUAUUCCCAAUCACAUAUUUUUUGUUUUCCAUUCAAUACCAAUUGCAGCCGCCCUUCAAAAGCGUAAACUGCUACAUGUAGUAUGCACACAAUUGGGACAUAUUACGCUGUCAUAAUAUUGCGCCUUAAGCUUAAGCUAGGGGUCUUGCUCAUGUAUCCGUCGCAGUCUGUAGUGUGAAAUCACUUAAAUCAUUUGUCUGAGCACUAUGUGGUAUGCGCUGUUACUCAUGUUGGCUUGGAAACUGAAAAAUGCAAAUGAAUGUAGUAGGAUAUGUUGGUAUUUUUGGUAUGCUGCAUUUGACAUACUAUGGUUUGACAUAUGAAAUCUUAAUCCUAUGCUAUGUAGCAUGGCAGUGUGGGUACACAUCGUGAGCUUAUAUACAGUUCAUGAUUGACUGAAAAUUAGUAAAGGUUGGCAAACUACACAUCAUACCAGCUGAAUAUCAGCAUGUCAUCAUGGUCAUUGUGAGCGCAUUAGCAUGCUGAUGUUUUUCAUUUAGAAACCCCAUAGAGCCACUGGGGGAGUUGUAAACUACCAGUAUUGUUUUCUUGAAUUUUCCACAUGUGGUGCUAGUUUAUCAUCCUCAUGAGGAGACAAAAUACUGCAACUUUCAUGUUUCUCUCCUACAUGUCUCCCAUUUCCAGUGGUCGAUAACAGCAGGCUCUCAUCUGAAUGAUCCACCUUGAACUUUUUUUACAGCAGCAGCUCAUCAGAAAGAGCCUCAGGAAUAAUGGGCUCCUCUCCAUCCACUUUGGUGAUGACCAAACCUCAUAGGCCAAGGAUCUCUUCUAAGAACCCGGGUCUUUGAAAAUCGACAGUGUGCUUUUAGUUGUGCUGUGGUUUAAGUGGCCAUGACAAUCUUCAGAUUUCCAUGGCCUCUUAUGGAUGCUAAAUCACACUCAGAGGAAGCUUCUUCCUAGAAAACUUGAGUCGUUAAUGGCUCAGAAACAUCUCCUGAGUUCUAGUGCUCUCCUGAACAAAAGCUAAUUCUUAUUGCCCGGUGAAAUGUGAGCUCAUUGAUAAGAGAAUGAUGUUCUUAAAAUAAAGAGCUUCUCAGCGGGAGAGUUCUUCACAGGCAGGAACACACAUAUAACUACAUCACACCUGUCAAACUGCACUCUGGUAACAAUUUCACCUCCAGUUAUGGAUCAUAUUCUCAAACUUUUAUGCACAUAUCUGGUGGGAUUUUUGCCCCGCAACACACACUGCUGUAGAUCCAUCAAUAAGCAGAAGCAGCCCUUUAGAUAAUCAAUCAAUAAAUGUCUCCAGGUCAAAAAUGACCUGGAGACAUUUAUUGACUGAUUUUCUAUGAGAUAUGUGUACUGACAUUUCACACCACAUCACUGCACCCACGUUCUACAUACGCAUUCAUGACCCUGAAUGAGGAGUAGUCAUUACAUUUCAUAGUGAAAAAGAGAAAUUAAUUUUCUUCCAUUUGAAAGCUAAAAUGAGUGAAAUUGACCCACAACAUAAUAGGAGAGAUAUUUGUGCAGUGUGAAGGCCGUUUAAUGUCGUGCAGCCAACAGCGAAGCUUAGCUGUUUUCAUUUUAUGUAAGAUGUUUAUGUCAGAGGAGAGAACUAUCUGCAUGAAGCUGUUGCAGUAUUUCUGUUUCAUAAAUGGUGAAUUACUGCAGACUCUCUGUCAUCCAACAUAAGCAU